AUGCCGGGAGUUCCACUUGACGCGAUGGAUCAGAUGAAGAAGGCCUUCAAGGGUCUCUUCAAGGGCAAGAAGUCCAAGAAGGAAGAGCCAAAGCCCACGGCCACUUCUGAGGCCUCUACUACGCCUGCGCAAACCAAGCCUAGCGAGACUACGCCAGCUGCACCCGCUCCCGCACCCGUCCCCGAGCCCGCGAAGACUGAGACGACACCUGCUGCCCCAGCGUCUGCGUCUGCGCCAGUCCCGGCGCCUGCUGAACCCGCAGCGGUUCCAGCCUCGGAUCCUGCUCAGGGUGAGGCGAAGAAGGAUGAAGCCGCUGCAUUGGCCGAAGUCAAGCAGGCCACGUCGAGUAGGUUAUCAUCUCCUUCACAUUCUAGUCCGCUACCGUAUCGUGGAGACGAUGCCUGGCAUGGAUCCAGGCGACGACAGAAAGUCGACUUGGACCGCACACCCGAACCCGUUGGCGCCGUUGCACCCGCUCCCCCGACCGCUGCUGAGGCUCAGCCCACAGCCACCGAGGCACCAAAGGACACUGAGGCCAAGGCGACGGAUACACCUGCACCAGCUGCCCCUUUGGAUCUUCCCGCCAUUCCUAGCAGCCAGCCCGCUGCUGGUAUGAGCGCUACAAGCGGACCUAUGUUUGAUGAGCCCAACUUCGGCGAGGACAAGCCCGCUGCACCAGCUGCACCAGCUGCGGCGCCUGCUCCCGCCGCUCAGGCUGAGGAGCCUGUUGCUCCCGCACCUACUCCAGCGGCUCCCACUACUGCUGCCGCUCCUGCGCCUAGUGCUGAACCUACCGCAGCUCCUGCUGCCCCGGCCGCCGCUGAAGAGAAGGCAGAGAAAUAG